AAUUAGUUUAUUUCCAAUAAAUCAAGUAAAAAUUAAUUUAUUAUUCACCAUUUAUCUUUAUUAUUUCUAUCCCUCCAAAUUUAUUAUUGAAAAUCACGUAUUAUACCAGAAAAAUGUCACUCUUACUCCACUGCCCAUUUGCAUAAGAUGCCAAAUCAAGAAAUUCCUUUAUCCGAUUAUCAAUGAUGACCAUGGAAACACAAAAUCCACUCAAGGAAGCAGCCAUUAGAGGAGAUGUAGGCUUCCUAAAAAACUGUAUUGCCUCCAAUAAACCACACCAUUAUUACUUAACUUUGUUUCCAAUCAGCCAUUCCGAAGCUCGAAUUCAUGGCAACAUCUUCCAUUUAGCCGCUUUAGAAAACAGAGAACAUUUCAUAAGAGUGGCAAUCGAGCUUUUACCAUUUCAAACCAAACAACAGCUUAUUCUCCAACAGCGCGACGAAGAAAAAUCAAAUCCUUUACACUUAGCAGCUUCAAUCGGUAAUCAAAACAUAGUAAAGUUGUUUUUAAAUGUGUUUCGAUCAUCUCCAUCUUCAGAAUGUGAUGGGAAACCAUGGUUACAGAAGAAUAAUUUGGGACAAACCCCUUGCCAUAUCGCUCUAACAAGUGGUCAUGAAGAUUGUGGGUUGGAAAUACUUAGAAUGGAUAUGGAGUUGGUUUGUAAUAUGGUUGAUAAUGAGGGUAAUAGUUUGCUUUUUGCAGCGGUUGCUGAAGGAUUUAGUAUGUUUGCAAUGGAGAUUUUGAAAUUCGCUAAUAGGUUUAGUUGUAGUGGAUCUGAUGGAUAUACUCCUUUGCACUAUGUGACAUGGUGCUCAGAAGGAGAAGACAUUUGUAGGUUGCUGUUGAAAAGAGAUCUAAAGCUAAUUAGACAAAUAUCUGUAGAUGGAUUUUCUGCAUUCCAUAUUUGGGCAAAGCAAGGUAAACUAUGGCCAUUUGAACGUCUUCUGAAGAGCAUUGAUAUUAUCCCUGAUGUCAGGAGGGUUUUUGUCGACUUAAUCUUUAUAACUGAUUAUGAGAAGGGUUUAAACCCUCUUCAUGUUCUGGCUACACAUACUUUUAACGAACACGAUGCAGUCGAAAUAGCACAACUCCUUACAGAUGCUUACAAACUGGAAACAAAAACAGAAGGAUCGAGCAUCUCAAGAGAUGAUGCUCCAUGGCUGGCACAUGACAAGGAAGGAUGCACACCUCUGUCCAUGGCAAUUAAGAAUGGAUAUGAAAAUUUGGCAAUGUAUUUCUUGUUGAUGGAUCACAAUGUGCUAAUGAAGUGUAAGGAAAAUGCUUUGGUUUUGGCGAUCAAAAAGGGUUGUCAUGAAGUUGUGGACUUGAUUUUGGAGAUAGUAGAUAAGCAUGGCUGGAGAAGACUACUUACGGAUGAUGAAGAGUGUAAUGCGUUGCAUCUUGCACCAUUAUGCAAAAAAGGAUCAUUUAAGAGACUGCUUGACAGGCAACCAGAGUUGUUAGAAGGAGUUUCCAAAGACAAUACUACAAUAUUACAUAGUUGGGUAGAGAUAGGUGAAUUAUGGGCAUUUGAGCAUGUAUUUCUAUGCAAAGAAACUGAUCAUCAGUGUAGAAUUGAUUUCAUCAAACUAAUUUCUGCUUGUGAUCAUAAUGAUCGGAACACACCUCUUCAUGUUGCUGCGAAAACCGCGCAUGAAGCAACAGAGCAACUUGUGAAACUCCUUGUAGAAACUUACAAGGCCGAGACACCUAAUUGGGUGUUCCGUAGACCACUUUCCUUACCAUGGUUACAACAGAAUAAAGAUGGUGAUGGACCUAUGCACGUAGCUUUGCGUCACAAACGUGAAAAACUUGCCUUGUAUAUAUUGUCACUUCAUAAUGAUAGACAUAUCACGGAACUAUUGGAUUACUACGAGCCAGUGCACAAAACUGUUUUCCUAGCAAUAGAGAAGAAUUGUUUUCUAGUUGCCAAAGAGAUAUUGACCAAAAUAUUUCAGAAGGAAAACUGGUCUAAAUAUGUUACAGAUUCCUCUGAUGGGCGCACUGUCUUGCAUCUUGCUGCGAAUUGCAUUGGCGAAGAAUUCGGUAGAUGGUUGGUUAAUGAAGCAUCAGUGCUCAUCAACCAAGCUGAUAAGAACGGCACUACAGCUCUGGAGGUUGCAUCUGAAGUCGGUGCUGCAUCUUUUGUUAAAGCAGUCUUAGAGAAGGAUUCUGGAGUGUUUAAUAGUGCACCACUGGCUUGGGUAAAAGCAUGUGCCAAAGGCCACAUAUCAGUUAUUCGUGUCUUCAUAGACUAUUAUCCUGGAAAGUUUAGUGAUCAUUGUAUUCAACAUCAAGAUUCACCGUUGCAUCACAUACAACUUCGAAAUAUAACAGCAUAUGAACAGUUUUUCGAACUUCCAGGCAUGAAAAAUCUAAUCAACGUUCAAGAUUCUCAAGGAGCAACACCUUUGCAUCAAGCAAUAAGAAAUCGGAACAUUUUGUUGACUGAAACCUUACUCAACAUGGAUAAGAUAAGAUACAACAUCAAGGAUCAGGAAAAUCAAACUGCUAGAGAUUUGUUGGAAGAAGCUUGUGAGUGCAAGGAACAACCUGAAUGGGACCAUAUGUGCAGAAGUAUUGGAUUUGAUCCGAGGAUAAAAACUUCAUACUUUCAACAUAAGACGAAUUUGUUAGAUGUUCGUAAUACACUAUCUGUGGUGGCAGCUCUACUAGCCACUAUCACAUUCACUGCUGGAUUCACUCUCCCAGGUGGAUUUAAUCAAGAGAAUGGAGAAGCAAUAUUGGCUAAGAAGGCAGCUUUUUUAAUUUUUAUCAUAUCUGAUACGGUAGCAAUGUGUUGUUCAAUGUUGGUACUGAUAUGCCUCAUAUGGUCUAUGGUUUACGAUUCUAAUAAGUCUCUGUUCUUGAUUGAUCGAAGUAUGACGUUACUGAUGGUAGCGCUUUACUGCACAUUAUUGACGUUUAUGACUGGAGUUUACAUAGUUAUCUCCCCAAAGUCUCUGUGGGCGGCCAUCUUUAUUAUAGUCAUCUGCUCUCUCAUUGGAAUUUCAGCUAAUAGGACUUUUUUGUACAAACUCCUAGAUAAGUUCAUUCCUUCUGCAAACAAGGAGCCUGGAGAUCGAUUUCGUUUACUGGAAAUGGGGAAACUUUGCAGAGCAGGCAAUAGCUGUUUAAAAUGCAAUUGAAUUUCUUUGGUGUCUUAGCACUUGUAGAUUGUAUAUACUGUAUAGUGUAUACAUUUCUUAGGCCAUAAAUUUUGUGAUUUUUUUUUGGGAGAAAUAUUAUUCUGGACAAAGAAAUUUAUUUGGUGUUCAUUUUCCUGUUUUCUGUACACUCCUCGUUGUGUAUUAGGAAGUUGCUGCUGCUUUCGAACAGCUUCAUUCUUUGCUUUGUAAUUCUUCACUAGAACACUGCAGUGUAUCAACAUUUUGAUCUAGGGUAUGUUUGGCAAACGGUCGUUGGUUGAAGCUGUUGGCUCAUGGUUAUACUAGCUGAUUAGUCACC